AUGGAUCACGUGGAGACCUAUGAGUCACUGAUGGACUUUCAUGCCUAUCCCGACGCGAUGAAAUGCAGGGCGUUCUCCUUUGCAGCUCAGCAGAAGACCCAGCAUCCAGCUCAAUACUUGCUCACAAUAAGGCAAGAGGCGGGGGAGAGCUUGAGGAACUAUGUGAGGAGAUUCCUCGCUGCGCAAAUUACAGUCUCAUGCAAUAAGGAGUUCGCCUCAAGGGUCCACCAAGAGCAACUAAAGUGGUCGUUUGUUAAGAAACCCAAGUUCACCAUCAAGGCCAGCAUCGAGCUAGCUAGAAAGUUCAUGCAGGCCAACAAUCUCAUUCAGUCAUGGGAAAAUCCAUCAAGGGCCAGCUCUACGCAUGAAAGAAGAGGUCGGGAUAAUUCCAGAAGGUCGCCGCAACGCCAGAGACAGUACGAUCGCAACUCUCGACCAAAGCAGAAGCAGAAGUACGGCCGACCUGAACGGUAUGAUCGCUUCACACCCUUGAACGUUUCGGUAGCUAAAAUCUUCGCUAACAUACAAGACUCGAAGCUCAACCUACUCACCGAGCCCAACCCCAUGAGCCGAGAUCCUGAGAAGCACAACAGAUUGAAGUUCUGUCAUUUUCACAAGGACCACGGUCAUGACACAUCAGACUGUUACGACCUGAAGAGGCAAAUUGAGGGCCUCAUCCAUAAGGGAUAUUUCAAGAAACAUAAGAGGCGAGCUCCCAGUAGAUGA